AUGCCGAAUUACGGCGGCCCGCUUGGCGGCUAUAACGGAGGCGGACCAGAUAUUGCUGAUGUCGGCGAUUCCUCAUUCGGAGGCGGUGGCGGUGCCACUGAUAUACGCUUAAUUGGCGGAAAAUGGAACGAUACAGAAAGUCUUUUGUCACGUUUUAUCGUUGCCGGGGGGGCCGGCGGAAGCCAUGAACCGCCUUGGGGAAGAGGUGGAAAUGGCGGAGGUAUUCCUGGUUUAGAUGCUGCAAAAGAAGGAUAUACUGCCGGUUCAUACGCAACAUAUUUUGCCAAGGGUGGAACUAUAAAUGAAGGGGAAAAAGUUGGUUCAACUUGCAGAAGAACUCCAGGAGAUUUCGGAAAGGGAGGCCAAGGAUGGGAUGGCGGCGGCGGUGGUGGAGGUUGGUAUGGUGGUGGCGGUGGCUGCCUUGGAAUUGGGGGCGGUGGAGGGUCUGGUUUUGUCCUCAAUGAAUCGACAAAAAUUUUUGUUCCUGAAAAUUAUAAAGUUAGUCGUGAUUUCUACUUAGAUAAUGCCUUAUCCAUACCAGGAAAUCAAAAUUUCCUAAAUCCUAACGGAUCUGAAGAAACAGGCCACAUUGGCAACGGAUAUUGCACUAUUACUUUGCAACACUCUUUCGAAUACAUAAAUUCAUGUAUUAGAAAUAUCUAUCUCGGAAAUUUUAUGCAUAUCUAUACCUUUAUCUUCCUGAUUUUAGACGAAAAAUAA